CGUUCGGGGAGACCUGGGGAAGCUUCCGGAUUUUAUUGGAGAUCCCGACAAGGGGGCGCCACCUCCCUCCUUCUACGGUGGCAACGAGGCCCAGGGAAGGCCAGCGGCGCCCCGGGGUCGUACAGGGACUCUGCAGCUGCCCCCGUCUCCGCGCGCCGACGGACGCCCGGGGUCCCCCCACCUCCCGGGCGCAGGGGGCGGUGGGGCGGGCGGCCAGCUCCUCCGCCCCGCCCGGCCGCGCGGCCAUCGCCCGCCCUCCGGGGGUGACGCGGCGGGGGCGGGCCCGGGGCGCGGCGGCCCGACUUUCCCGGCGGCGGAGGAGCGAGCGCGGCGCGGAGCCACCAUGGGCGCCCAGCUGAGCACGCUGGGCCACGUGGUCCUCUCCCCAGUCUGGUUCCUCUAUAGUCUGAUCAUGAAGCUGUUCCAGCGCUCCACCCCAGCCAUCACCCUUGAGAGCCCGGACAUCAAGUACCCACUACGGCUCAUUGACAAGGAGAUCAUCAGCCAUGACACCCGGAGGUUCCGGUUCGCCCUGCCAUCUCCCCAGCACAUCCUGGGCCUGCCCGUCGGCCAGCAUAUCUACCUCUCGGCUCGAAUCGAUGGAAACCUGGUCAUUCGGCCCUACACGCCCGUCUCCAGUGAUGAUGACAAGGGCUUUGUGGACCUGGUCAUCAAGAUUUACUUCAAAAACACCCAUCCCAAGUUUCCCGCUGGAGGGAAGAUGUCCCAGUACCUGGAAAGCAUGAAGAUUGGAGACACCAUCGACUUCCGGGGCCCGAAUGGGCUGCUGAUCUACCAGGGCAAAGGGAAGUUUGCCAUCCGUCCAGAUAAGAAGUCCAGUCCUGUCAUCAAGAUGGUGAAGUGUGUGGGCAUGAUCGCCGGAGGAACGGGCAUCACCCCGAUGCUGCAGGUGAUCCGGGCCAUCAUGAAGGACCCGGACGACCACACCGUGUGCCACCUGCUCUUUGCCAACCAGACCGAGAAGGAUAUCCUGCUGCGGCCAGAACUGGAGGAGCUGAGGAACGAGCAUUCCGCACGCUUCAAGCUCUGGUACACAGUGGACAGGGCCCCCGAAGCCUGGGACUACAGCCAGGGCUUCGUGAAUGAGGAGAUGAUCCGGGACCACCUUCCGUCUCCGGAAGAGGAGCCGCUGAUGCUGAUGUGUGGGCCGCCACCCAUGAUCCAGUACGCCUGCCUGCCCAACCUGGACCGCGUGGGCCACCCCAAGGAGCGCUGCUUCACCUUCUGAUGUCUGGGCUGGCUGCUCACCUGCCUGCCACCCUCGUGCACCCACCCGCCCUGCCCUUGUCUUUAACAGCACUCUCCCACCCCCCACCCCCACCUUCCUGCUGCGGCUGGCCUUGCCUGUGCCUGGGUGGUCACCCCGUUGGGCUGGCCCCCCCGGGGGCCCUUUGGGAGCAGAGUUCUGUUAGAGGUGGGCUCUGCUGGCCACCUUCAGGGGUCCUGUCUGGCCCUCACCGGUUCUUACUAGUGAUGCCUGACCCUGGCCCUGGCCCUCCCCCACCCCUGCCCUCCACACACUACUGGGCCACGGCCCUCAACACCAUCCUCUGCCCACUCCUCCCAGAGCAGACCACAGUCUGAAAAUAAAUGUACAGCAGCCCAAAGUUGCAGCUGCCAGGGAUCCCCAGCCACCACCUGGGGACCCUCGCCUGCUGCCCCUCACUACCUGCUUCAGGGUGUUGGCCAGGCCUCAGUAGCUGACACUACAUGAUGGGUAACAACGAAAAACCUUCUUGGCCAGGGCUGUGGGGUGGGAGGCUAUCCCCACACCAGGGAGGCCUAGCCGCAGGGAGCUGGGCUCUCCCCAGGGCUCGAAUGGGAGGAGACAGGUGGCUGAGGGCCCCUCCCGCUGGCACAGGGGCCCUCCUGAAACCCUGGCCUUGCCCGCAGCACACCAAAUGCUCAGGCAGCUUUGGGAGCUCACGCUGUCAGCUCGGCAGCCCUGGGCUCCUGGGCCGCCAGCCCUGAGCUAAGAUGAUGUUUAUUGCUCUGUCCCAAACUGUCCCCCCUGCCUGCCUGCGCUGCAGCAUGGGGGAGAUGGCUGAGUGACAUUCUCUGUGGCCUUGACGUUGCCUUUAGACAACAGUGGGUUAGCCUCUUGCAUAUCGGCUUUUUCAGAAUCAUUUAUGAGUAGAAGAACCACUGAAAUAAAAAUGUGCUAAUAUGAAACCUGCA